AUGGGCGGGGCGGGGGGAAGGAAUGAACUGAAUCUCUACUAUCCCACCAUCGAGAACACCUUCUCCAAGAUCAUCAAGUUUAAGAACCAGGAAUUUUCUACCGAGAUCGUCGAUACCGCUGGACAGCGGGAGAACCAGUGGGGUACCAGGGAACAGCAGCAGAACGAUGAAAAAGAGAAAGUUGAGCUGACAGUACAAUACCCAACACAGGAUGAGUACAGCAUCUUGAACUCGAAGCACUUCAUCGGCAUCCAUGGCUACAUGCUGGUGUACUCCGUCUCCUCCCUACCGUCCUUCGAGAUGGUGCAGGUCAUCCGAGAGAAGAUCCUAAAUCACCUGGGAGUCGAGUGGGUACCCAUCAUCAUAGUCGGCAACAAAAGUGACCUGCGCCCCGAGCAGCGCCAGGUCACGGCAGAGGACGGCAAGAAGCUGGCCGAGAAGUACCAGUGCGCGUGGACCGAGGCCAGCGCGCGGUACAAUGAGAACGUUUCUAAGGCAUUCGAACUCCUCAUCGGCCAGAUCGAGAAGCAGCAGAACCCUAACGAGGCCCCGGCCGGCGGCAAGUGCUCUGUGAUGUGA